UUUCCCUAACAUUCCCUCACCGGAGCUCACCUCAACAUGAGUCAAGAACAGCCCAGAAAGCCGCCGUCCACGGCGGAGCAACUGCCAAUCAAAUACGGCGACGUUUUCGAAGACGUCGCCGGAAAGCUCGCCGCAAAGACGAUUUCCCCGGAGGACGCCGCCAUGAUGCAGGCCGCCGAAACCACCGUCUUAGGCGAAACAAAAAGGGGCGGCGCCGCCGCCGCGAUGCAGUCCGCCGCCCAGCUGAAUGAAAAAGCAGGUGUCGUCGGCCACCGCGACGUCACUGCCGCCGUCGCCGCAAAAGGCGUCUCCGUCGAGGAAAUGGACAUUCAGGGGACUCGUAUAGUCACUGAAUCAAUCGGCGGGCAGGUCGUCGGGCAGUAUGCCGAGGUCAAUCCUGCCGCCGGAGGAGUGCUCCGGCGACCGCCGGUGACCAUCGGAGAUUCCCUGGAAGCCGCCGCCAGGUCGUCGGCCGACAGGCCAGUUGACCACAGCGACGCCGCCGCUAUACAGGCGGCGGAAUUCAGAGCAACUGGUUCUGACUUCAUGACCACCGGCGGGCUCGGCGCGGCGGCGCAGUCGGCCGCCGCCGUGAACGACGACAAGAUUGGAGAUAAAGAUAAAAUCAAAAUGGGCGAUAUCUUAACUGGAGCGACGGCGAUGCUGCCGGAAGAUAAGGCGGUGACGGCGGAAGAUGCCGCCGGAAUAAUGAAUGCGGAGAUGCGGAAUCAGCCGCGCGUGAAGAUCCAUCCCGGAGGAGUGGCGGAGGCGGCGGCUGCGGCGGCGAGGAUCAACGAGAGGGGGAUGUAGGGGAAAUUAACAAAUAUGGUGAGGGUACCGUUGUAAUUACACAUGUAGAAUGAAAAAGAGUGAAUCAAUAAAUAAUACUGUUCAUGGUAUAUAUUUUUUUAUCACAUUGCA